AUGUCGGAAGUGGUCCUUCCAACACCCACCUUGCUCAAAGAACGGCUGGGAAAGGUGGCUCUUGUGACCGGAGCAGCGAGUGGAAUAGGCCUUGCAACUGCCCGAAUAUUUGCGCAGCACGGUGCAAAGGUUAUUGUGGUUGAUCUGGAUGCAAAAAAGGUGCAGGCAGUGGCAUCGAGCAUUGGUCAUGGGUGUGACUCUUACACGUGCGACGUGUCAUCCUGGGAGCAACAAGUCGCCCUAUUCGAUUGGGUAACUCGCGCAUACGGCCCGCCAGAGAUAGUGUGUCUGAACGCUGGCAUCGAUCCCGAGCUUGCAACAACGGAGUCAGCGUCGGGCAAGGAGCGAGUUGCAAACAACUACCUGGCGGACGAAUACGAUUCUUCUGGCAGUGCAACUCAAGCGGUCAAAGAGAUCCGACCACUUCUCAAACCACCACCAAAAAUGGUCUUCGACGUCAACUUCUAUGGCGUCCUUUAUGGGGUCAAAUUGGCCGUGCAUCAUUUUGGGGACAGAAAAGGAGGCCGAAUCAUCAUUACGGGAUCUGCUGGCUCAUACAUACCGGUCCCCUAUCAAGAUGUUUAUGUGGCAUCGAAGCACGCUCUCAUGGGAUUGAUGCGCAGCACGUCCCGGAGAGAAGAGCUGAGGCAGAAGAAUAUAUCGAUUUCUAUGGUCGGGCCUUGGUUCACACGCACUGGGUUAACGGCCAAUCUACCUCCUGAUGCAUUCCAAGGAUUCGAGGCAAGCGAACCGGAGGAUGUGGCUUUGGGUAUUGCAUACCUUGCAACUACAGAAAAAGAUGUAGAGAUCAAUGGCAAAUGUCUGUGGAUCAGAGGCAAGAGGUGCGUGGAGAUUGAAGGUGCAUAUGAGAAAUGGUUGGGACAAAUGAUGGAAAUAUAG